AUGGCGCAGUCACGCCAGUCAGUAUCAGACAAGUCGCCAGACAGUCCCGAGGCCAGCGACGCAGAGGCGAGUCAGCUACGGCGAAAGUCGGUGGCUUUUGCAGAUGGCACCAAUGGUGAGAUUCCAACACACAAGGACUCGAUAAAUCACUCAACCAAUGAACAAAUAUCGACUCCACACUCGAGUCCUCAAGACAUGAGUCGAGAGAGCAAUCCAGGCAAAGACCGCCCUAUCGUAUCACAGCAACAGUCCCUAGGGUUCGCAAUCAGGAAUCAGGUUUUCCAACCAGAAGACGAAAGCCUCGAAUCGUUUCUACCCAGAGACAACCUAGACAAAUCUCUGACACAACAGCGAAUCAUAGAAGCUCUCCAAACAGAGGGAGGCUUCCCUCCUGAGAGGCUGGAAUCCAUCGCGCGAGAUAUCAUAGACCCCCUGGGGUUCAUGACUAGCUCUCAACCGCAUCUUCGUUCUCGAAAGGAGAUCUUUGCAAUCCUCUCGUUGAUCGAUAAGGUCUCAACUAUUGAAAGCUUUAUUCAAGACGGACUUUUCGAUCACGACCUGCCUUUUCGUUAUCUUCGACAGACGGAUUCUUUGGAUGGCAGUACACGCCCAUGGGUAAUGAAAACUUGCGAUCUCCACAAGGAAUCAAGGGAAAUUCCAUUUUUUCGCAAGUGGUCAAAUAAGGACGCCGAGUUAUUUGAAGGACGACAGUGCAAAGUGCAUAUUCCGGUAUUUACCGGCAUCCCAGAGACAACUGACAAGCCGACACACUACGUCCUGGCAAAAAAGGCAAAUCUUCCAUACAUUUCCAAAACAGAAGUAGGAAGAGGUGGUUUUGGUGCUGUUGAUAGGGUAGAGAUUCAUGCUAGCCACGCUAUUACAUCGGGAAAUUCAUUGGUGGUUGCUGUAAAAAGACUGGGAACCUCGGAACGAUGCGUAUUUGAUAGAGAGGUUUCGAAUCUUAACCGAUUCGCGACAAAAGAUGCGCCGCAUCUGAUUCAGCUUCUUUGGACAUUUUCCCUUGGGUCAGAGUAUCACCUUGUAUUCCCAUGUGCGGACGGGAAUUUGAUGGAUCUAUGGAGACAACACCAUACUCCCCUAGCGGCAAGCCACGACCAUGAAACGGCCCUUUGGUUCUCCAGACAGUGCCUCGGGAUUGUUGAAGGACUCGACAUGAUUCACCGGACCAACGGCCAUGACUCAGACGAGCUGCAGAAAUACGGUCGACACGGAGAUCUAAAACCGGAGAACAUCCUGUGGUUCAGAAACCCCAGCAGCAUGGGUCCAGGAUACAGUCUUGGUACAUUGAAAAUAUCUGACUUCGGUCUAACGAGAUUCCACAGAACACAAACCAAGUCUCAUAUUAACACCGAUGGGAUUGGGGGGUCGCCAACCUACAGGGCACCUGAAUAUGACGUACACGAUGAAGUCGCCCAGAGCUACGACAUCUGGUGUUUAGCGUGCGUGCUCCUCGAGUUCACUACAUGGUACCUCAACGGCUGGGCCGCAGUGGACAAAUUCGCUGAGUCUCGAAAGAAUGAGGACAGCAACCAUAGAAUGAAAGAAGAUACAUUCUUCAACCAUGUUCAUCAAGGAAAUAUAGUUAGUGCUGUUGCUAAGAAAACUGUCGCAGCGGAGAUGCGAAGUCUGUACGAACACUCUGACGCUUCAGACCUUACAGUAGAUCUCCUAGAGUUUGUAGAAACUGACCUACUGCGUAUGCAUCCUGGGCUCCGAAAAAAGUGCGAUCAGGUUGUGCAACAGCUUCGAAGACUCUUCGAUAACUCUUGCAGAAACCAAAAUUACUGCUUGAAGUUGACAAGAGACACGCCAGUUAGGAAAGAUACGGACCUCUCGCGCUUGGAUCCUGUGGGCGUGACUAUACAAUUUCAUACAGGCGGGUUACGAUCAGAUGAUAUAUUUCCCCAGCUUAGGCAAGGACGAGGAUCAGGCUCCUCGAGUCCAAGGCUGUCGUCAUUCAGGCUUUCAAAUCCCCAGGUGGACACUUUGUUUGAGGAGCCAGUCAGUGUUGAUUACGUGGUGCAGAAGGGAAUGACAAAUGGUCAACUGCAGCAACCUAUCGAAUCCCAAAACAAGCCGCACAGCAGCGCUCACGUGCCGGAUACGAUUAACAAUGCCACACCAAAUGACAAUUCCGGAAAAACAGAGACUACAGGCGAGACAGUGGAUCUAAGAACCACCGAGCAAGAGGACCAUGGUCAGGUUUAUGGUCAGCCUGAACAAAUGACGGAUGCAGCAGGCCCGUCGACGAAGUCACAAGAUCCUCCUGUUUCUUCAACGGACGUGCAGUUGGAGCAGAAAAAACAUCGUUCGAGGCGACGAGAUAAGGUGAAGUCAAAGCUUGAAUGGGUUUUCUGUUUCCGCAGUAGAUGA